ACAGCACGCUAGCCGGAUAGUGCAGCUCGUCAGUAAUGCAGCAUUUUCGCUCACAGCAGCAGCAGGCUAUUCUGAUGCGCGCGCACCGCCGCAACCCCAUCCCGUCUCCGCCGCCACCGCGUCCCCCGAGCGUUCUAUCGCAACUUUCCCCGUCCCCGGCCCUUCCCCGCGCGCGUCGGUUCUAUUAGUUCCGCUAAGACUCUUGUCGCCCGCUGUAACGCGGUUUCUGCAGCGUUGUGCGCAGCCUCCGCGUGUUCUGAGCUUCCGCGUGCUCUGCCCGCCCGCGGGCAUGCAGGGGAACGAGGGCGGGGAGGGGCCGUCGGGGGGAGGCGGGGGGGCUGGGCGCGCGAAGGGGAAAGCGACGGCUGAGGAGUUUGGCGGGUCGAAGAAAAAGGCGGGAAUCUUCCUGAGAGAGCUGCGGCUCAUGAUGUACGGCUUCGGGGAUGAUCCCGAGCCCCUGCCAGAGUCAGUGGAGCUGGUGGAGGAGAUCGCCAUCGAGUACAUCACGGACAUGGUGCACCGCGCUCAGGAGGUGGCGGCGAGGCGGGGCCGACUCACCACUGAAGACGUGCUCUUUCUGAUCCGCAAGGACCCACGCAAGUUUGCUAGGGCCAAGGAGCUGCUGGCAAUGAAUGUGGAGCUAAAGGAGGCGCGAAAGGCCUUUCAAGAGGAGCAGUAGCGGCCGCUGCACACAACCAACUGCCGCUCUCCUUGCGUCUCUUGGCUUGACUCUCGCCUAAUCAGUCAUGCCACACGCAGACUACUGGUACCUCUUUUUGAGGCGCCUAAAAAAUCCUCUUUUCUGCUACAAGAAAGGAAGGGGUGGAAG